UUUCUUGUUCCGUUUACAAACCUGCUCCAACGCCUCAAACUCCUUGUUCGAGGAGUCGCGACGAGGCCGCCCUGACAACAGAGCCACCUACCCUUUAACACGGGUCGGGCAACCGUUAAAAAGCACAAGCCUUUGUUUUAGUUGGAGCUGACUAGCCUGUCUCACCUGGGUUUUAUUUAGUCCCGUUGUAUAUUUCUCACCAUGGCGGCGAGUGCGAAACGAAAGCAGGAGGAGAAACACCUGAAGAUGCUGAGAGAAAUGACGAGUUUGCCUCCCAACAGAAAGUGCUUUGACUGCGACCAGCGCGGCCCAACCUAUGCCAACAUGACUGUGGGCUCCUUCGUCUGUACCUCCUGCUCUGGCAUCCUACGAGGAUUGAAUCCACCCCACAGAGUUAAGUCCAUCUCCAUGACAACCUUCACGCAACAGGAAAUCGAGGUUCUACAGAAACAUGGCAAUGAGGUAUGUAAACAGAUCUGGCUAGGCCUUUAUGAUGAAAAAACCUCCUCAAUACCAGACUUCAGAGAACCACAGAAAGUUAAGGAGUUCCUUCAAGAAAAAUACGAGAAGAAGAAAUGGUAUGUACCUCCUGAGCAGGCCAAGGUAGUGGCAUCAGUCCAUGCUUCCAUCUCUGGCUCCUCAAAUAGCAGCACCAGCAGCACCCCAGAGGUUAGACCACUCAAAUCCCUGCUGGGGGAGUCUGCCCCCUCCCUACAUCUCAACAAGAACACCCCACCUAAUCAGUCUCCAGUGGUGAGCCGUGGACAUACCCACCAGCAGCAGUUUCAUGACAAGAAGUUUGACCUCCUCAGUGACUUGGGUGGAGACAUCUUUGCUGCCCCGCCCAACAUGAGUGCAGGCGCCAGCUCCGGUUUUGCUAACUUUGCACAUUUCAACAGCCACACAACGGCACAGAAUGCCAACGCAAAUGCAGACUUUGCUAAUUUUGAUGCAUUCGGGAGCACUUCUGGGUCGACGGGUGGUUUCCCCUCUGCACCCCAAGCCCCAUUCCAACCCUCAAAUACAGGUAGCGCCUCAGGGGGACUAGCAAAUGCCAGUUUUGCAAAUUUUGACAACUUCCCCAAAUCGUGUAGUGCUGACUUUGGAUCCUUCAGUUCCUCCUCCCAGAGUAACUCCACAGGAGCUGGCAAAGAUGCUGUACAGAGUACUAGUGUCCCUGCCGAUAGAUACGCAGCCUUCGCUGACCUGGAUAACAUGUUUAGCUCUGCCACAACAGAGCAAGGAGGUGGUGUUCCUGGCGGGGUGAGCUCAGCCACGGCUGCAGCAGGAGUGAGUGGUUUGCCUCAGAACCAGCCAGCAGUGGGGGACCGCUAUGCUGCUUUAGCUGAGCUUGAUACAGUCUUCAGCCCCUCGGCCCCUGCUACAAGUGUUUACAACACCACCAGCACCUCACAAGUAGGUGUGUUUGGCCCAGAGACUGGGGUGUCAACAGCCCAAGGACAGCAGGCCCUGCCUGGCAUGGCUCAAGGUUUUGGAGCUCAGUCAACUAAUCCGUUUGUAGCUGCUGGUGUUGCCCCAGCAGCAGCACCCACCAACCCAUUCCAGAGCAACGGCAGAACAGCAAAUGCGGCAGCAGCAGCAGCAGCAGCAGCCACAUUUGGCACAGGCUCCAUGAGUAUGCCAGCUGGAUUUGGGAAUGCUGCAGCCUACAACCUCCCCACCAGUUUUAGUGGAACCUUCCAGCAACCCUUUCCUGGCCAGGCUCCCUUCCCUCAGGCACCAGCAUAUCCCCAGCAACCCAACGGUGGAGGAUUUUCAGCCUUUGGCCAGGCCAAGCCUGUUGUGACUCCUUUUGGGCAGGCGAUGGCUGGACCUAUGGUCUCUAGCAACCCUUUCCUGGGUGCAGCUCCACCUGCACAGUAUCCAGCGGGAGGCUCUUCAACGAAUCCUUUCUUAUAGCGAUCCAUCCAAUCCGCUCUACUACAGGGUCAACAACUGGCACGCUUGCACCUAUUGCACUGUUUUGUUUCACAAGUAGCUUUAAAAACACAAUGUUUGUAAGGAUUUGUAUUUUCUAUCGCAGUUUGUCACAAAUGGGACAUUAUGACAGACAGUCAUGCUGACACAGUCUAUGGCAACAAAACAAAGUGAUGGUGUGUGCAGAGGGAGAGGUUGAUCCCCUCUUCUCUAUUUAACCUGUGAACUGGCCUGGCCUCUACUGAGCCGCAAUGUAUAAUCAAACUGGCUGAAAACUAAGUUAUUGCAAACUAUAUUUCAUUCAUUAUGCUGCAAUUCUGUACAUAUUUUUCUUCUAGGAAAUUAGCUCUUUGUUGCAUAUCAGUAUUUGUAUCUAACACACACGAUUUGUUAAGACAGAACUAUUGCUUUGAAAAGCUAAUGGGUACUGCCAGUUACUGUAUGUGUAAAGAACCAAACUGUUUAUUUGUGCAGGAUACUUUUAGGUAAACUGUUCUCACUAAAGACAAGAAUGCAUGCUUUGUCGGCAAGAGAUGAAAGAAGGCGUGAAUGCUGCAUCGGGGACGGGCAGGAGACUAAUUUCUCUGUCAUCCUUCGCCCUUCUGACAGGGGCCUGGGUCGCAACGCUUUUGAACUUCAGUCAUCCACAUCCAUGUGGGUAACAGGAAUGACUGGUGAACUGAAAACCACUUACAUUGGGUAUUAAGAGAAUUUUAAUUUAAUGUGUAAAUAUAUACAGUAUAUAUAUUAAAAUGAAUUUUAAGUAAGAAGAAAUGACCAAACCAUUCAUUUAUAUUGAUGUAUGAAAAACUUGUACAUUUGUUUUGUAUAAAAAAAAAAGAAAGGAUUCAUA